GCUCUCUGCCGCUCUGGUUGUUUCGUCAUAUUUUCUGGCGCCAAAACAGCAAAGAUUAUUCAAACGUAAAUGGACACGCAGUCGUAUUUUCCCGUACCGCCUGGGGUGGGUAUGGAGGAGAAUUUCCUGUCUUUGGACGAUAUUUUGCUCUCUCAUGAGAGACUUCCUAUCCGGACAGAGUGCACUUUCCCUCGGCUUGGCUUUCUGGAGAAGUCGAGUGACACGCAGGACAUCCCGGAGGGUACAAAGAUGGAGCUUCCUCUGUGGCUGACCAAGGGCCUGUACGAGAGGAAGAGGAAAGUGGUCUCUGUGGAGCUUCCUAAGGUGUACAAAGAGGGUUGGAGGACCGUGUUCAAUGCUGAUCCCAACGUGGUGGACCUCCAUAAGAUGGGGCCCUACUACUAUGGCCUGGGAUCCCAGAUGCUGCACUUUGACAGCCCAGAGAAUCCUGAGAUCGCACAGACUUUGCUGCAGACAUUUAUCGCUCGCUUCAGGCGAACCAUGGACUCCUCCCAGAACGCCUACAACGAGGACACGUCAGCGUUCGUGGAGCGUCUGGACUGUCUGGAGAAGGCUCUAUUCAGGUCUGGCCAGAGCGGCCUAAACGGCUUCCAGAGCUGGGAGAAGGGGCAGGCCUCGCAGCUCACUGCCUCCAGCCUGGUUCUCAACUACCGCAAGAGGAAAAUCACUGAUGUUCAGCCCUAGCCCUGCUCACCCGCAAGACUCUUUUUAGUGCCGUCUUUGUCCACGGACCGCUUCUUCCCCUCAGCCUGAGCCAUGCAGGGAGUGUUGAGACGUGGACCCUGUAAGGAGUAUAAAGACAUUUCUAUUUAUUUGUCACAUUGCGUGCAUUAAGAAGCUUCUUUGUGACAUUUACACAAGUAAAGACUGUUUUUACCAGUAAAGAUUCAAAACAUUU